AUAAUCACUCCCUUCAGAAGACUAAUGCUUUGUGCUGACAACAGAAAGGAGAUGGAAGAUUGGAUCAGCUCCCUGAAGUCUGUACAGACCAGAGAACCUUAUGAGGUGGCCCAGUUUAACGUGGAGCAUUUCUCAGGGAUGCAUAACUGGUACGCCUGCUCCCAUGCCCGACCCACUUUCUGUAACGUGUGCCGAGAGAGCCUUUCUGGAGUCACCUCCCACGGCCUGUCCUGCGAAGGUACACACUGCCUGCAAGGAUUUGUAUCAUCCUGUCUGUCCACUUGGCCAAUGUAAAGUGUCCAUCAUACCCCCAAUUGCACUAAACAGCACCGACUCUGAUGGUAUGGCCCUCCAAUCUCCAUAUGACUUACGCCAACUCAGCUUUUCUCUGGGGUUCCACCUUCACCUUCAAGCGUGGACACAAAAUUUAAGAUUAUUCCAGAAGUUUGACAAUUUCCGGAUUCUUGUUUGUGGAGGAGAUGGAAGUGUAGGUUGGGUGUUGUCUGAAAUUGAUAAGCUCAACUUGAAUAAACAGUGUCAGCUGGGCGUAUUGCCCUUGGGUACAGGAAAUGACCUUGCCCGGGUGCUUGGCUGGGGAGGUUCCUACGAUGACGACACCCAACUUCCUCAGAUACUAGAGAAGCUGGAACGAGCCAGUACCAAAAUGUUGGACAGGUGGAGUAUCAUGACCUAUGAACUCAAACUGCCACCAAAGGCUUCUCUCCUUCCAGACCCUCCGGAAGCGUCCGAAGAAUUUUAUAUGACAAUUUAUGAAGACUCAGUUGCAGCUCAUAUUACAAAAAUCCUCAAUUCUGAUGAACACGCAGUGGUCAUAUCAUCGGCCAAGACACUGUGUGAAACCGUGAAGGACUUCGUCUCCAAAGUGGAGAAGGCAUAUGACAAAACGUUGGAAAAUGCCGUGGUAGCCGAUUCCGUGGCCAGUAAAUGUUCAGUGCUAAACGAGAAGCUCGAACAACUGCUCCAGGCUCUGCACACGGAUUCCCAGGCGGCUCCACUUCUCCCAGGCAUCAGCCCUCGCAUCGUAGAAGAAGAUACUGUGGAAUCUUCAAGCGAGGAAUCCUUGUGUGAGAGCAGGGAGCAGCUCUUGGAUGACACUACAAAACCGUCCUCCCAGAAAGCCAUCAAACCAAAGGAAAUAAUGUUGCGGGCAAACAGUUUAAAGAAAGCAGUGAGGCAAGUCAUUGAAGAGGCUGGAAAAGUUAUGGAUGACCAGACAGUUCACCCCUGUGAACCAGUUAAUCAGUCAUUUGAUUAUGAUAGUACAGAAACAGAUGAAUCGAAAGAAGAAUCUAAAGAUGAUGACACAAAAGAGUCAUUAACUGUUAAAACUGCACCUCGGUCUCCGGAUGGUCGGGCAAGUCGUUCCCAAACUGACUCUGGCCCUGGUCCAACUGUGGCAGCCAGCAAAGAAAACCUCCCCGUACUCAAUACCAGAAUAAUCUGCCCAGGCUUAAGAGCAGGACUAGCUGCCUCCAUUGCUGGGAGUUCUAUUAUCAACAAAAUGUUACUAGCAAACAUUGACCCUUGUGGUGCGACGCCGUUUAUUGACCCAGAUCCAGAUUCAGUAGAUGGAUAUUCAGAAAAAUGUGUCAUGAACAAUUACUUUGGGAUUGGAUUAGAUGCAAAAAUUUCAUUAGAAUUUAAUAAUAAGAGAGAGGAGCACCCUCAAAAAUGCAGGAGCCGAACUAAAAACUUGAUGUGGUAUGGAGUCCUUGGAACCCGGGAAUUAUUACAGAGGUCGUACAAGAAUUUAGAACAGAGGGUUCAACUUGAGUGUGAUGGGCAGUAUAUUCCUCUCCCCAGUCUGCAAGGAAUAGCAGUGUUGAACAUUCCCAGCUAUGCCGGAGGCACCAACUUUUGGGGUGGAACUAAAGAGGAUGAUAUAUUUGCUGCACCAUCAUUUGAUGACAAGAUCCUGGAAGUCGUUGCAAUAUUCGACAGUGUGCAAAUGGCAGUUUCAAGGGUCAUUAAACUGCAGCAUCAUCGAAUAGCCCAGUGCCGUACAGUAAAAAUCACUAUACUUGGUGAUGAGGGCGUCCCCGUGCAGGUGGAUGGUGAGGCGUGGGUCCAGCCUCCAGGCAUUAUCAAAAUCGUGCACAAAAACAGGGCUCAGAUGCUCACAAGGGACAGGGCUUUCGAAAGCACUCUAAAAUCGUGGGAAGACAAACAGAAGUGUGAUUCGGGUAAACCCGUCCUUCGGACCCAUUUGUACAUCCAGCAUGCUGUUGACUUGGCAUCGGAGGAGGUGUCGCAGAUGCAGCUGUGCUCCCAGGCUGCAGAGGAGCUCAUCACCAGGAUCUGUGACGCAGCCACGAUCCACUGUCUUUUGGAGCAAGAACUGGCCCACGCGGUGAAUGCCUGCUCCCACGCGCUGAAUAAAGCCAACCCUCGGUUCCCAGAGAGCCUUACCAGAGACACUGCCACUGAGAUAGCCAUCAACGUGAAGGCACUGUAUAAUGAAACGGAAUCUUUACUAGUUGGCAGGGUGCCUUUGCAGUUGGAAUCUCCACACGAAGAGCGGGUCUCCAGUGCCUUACAUUCUGUGGAGGUGGAGCUACAGAAAUUAACCGAGAUCCCCUGGCUGUAUUACAUCCUGCACCCCAACGAGGAUGAGGAGCCUCCUAUGGAUUGCACCAAGAGAAACAACAGAAGCACAGUAUUUCGCAUAGUGCCAAAAUUUAAAAAGGAAAAGAUGCCCAAGCAGAAGACAAGUGCACAGCCUGGACCUGGGGAUACUGAAAGUGGGUCAUAUGAAGCGAAUUCUCCAGGGAAUUAAAGAGCUUGGAAGGAGCACUCCCCCAGUCUGAGGUGUAAUCUUAUUGGUGCUAUUCCUUGGAAGGGAAGUAAUUGCUACUUAACACACAGUCCUUUGAAGCGGUUGGCUGUUCUGGUAGUUUUCUGCUUAGAGAAGUUAGCACCACUGAGGCACCUCUACAGCUUGAUAGGUUGGUGUGGGUGAAAAAUUUUGAUUUGAGGUAUUAGAAAAUAUUUUUGUGCCAAAAAGUACAUUCCACAAAGCCAUUUUCUUAGUUUGCAAACUUAACAUGUUCAAGUAUGUUCACAUUAGUGAAGUACUAGGAAGAGCUGGAGACAACUGCAUUGUCCAAAGGGGGGAAUUGCAAAAUGUUUCCUUUCCUUAACCUGGGCGGAUGGAACGUUUUUACUGUGCAACCGCACAGCAGUAUGUGGCUACGACUCUUUAGGUCUCGGAUUGGAGGUGUUGGCUUCUUCCUUAAAACCACUGAGAAGGGACUAAGGUCUAAAUUAAGUUGUGUUUUGAAUAUUAGAUUGACAUCACCUCAGAUUCCUAGCGCUCCGUGGUCAGAGAAUACGGCCCAGUAUUAUGAAUGAAGGCAAAUCUCUGCCUGAAUUGUCUUUCUCUUUCUUGCAUGUCACAUCUAAUAUCGUAACCCUUAGUUUUAAUGUCAGUUUUCAUGGAGUUAAUUUAUUACUACCUAAGUACCUUUUCGUUAGCUAAAGGCACUUUUCUGUUCUUUGACGUGGACUUUUGCAUAAAUAUUCUGUAUCUGAGAAUUUGUGAACAUGUGUCUGUGCCAUAAUCAACAAUGAUACACAUCUUCUGCAAGUCAGCUUACGUCAGCCGAACAUAAACAGUAGGUAUGCGUGUGAAGGAAAUUCUCCGGGUAUUUCCAUAAAAUGUCAUGUUCUGUCGUCUAACAGCACUUACCAUGCUUUCUGAACCAAAAUUCCCACAUUGUGUCCUUAUUUUUCCAUUUCAAUUUAAUAAUUACUUAAUGCUCUGUUUGCACUUAUACUAUAGCAGAUGGCUGACAUUCAGGCACUUCUCCAAGGUCUCACCAGGGAUCUGUGUACUGAUUGGUCGCCCAGACCCUCACCCACUGGCUACUCUGGACCAAACUUUCCAACAGAAGAAAUUUUAAUUUGUUCUUAAGGGCUUUACAUUGUUAUUAUUAUCUCACUUAAUUCUUUUAUCCUUCCAGGUAGAUAUUAUUUUUCUAAACCACUGUACUUUAGUGUAAGCUAAUUAGGAGACAACAUUACAAUGAUUAAAUCUUUGAAAGCCAAAGGCAUACAUAUCAAAAACUCAUAAAAAUAUCCUCAAAUAAACUUCUUUUAGAUAGCCUAUUCCAAAAAAUUAAUCAUACCGGUUAUAUUUAAAAAUCUUCUAUAUAAGAGAAGUAAACAGGGUACUGACCCAGUGGUGACAGUUUUCAUAAAUUAACCUUCUAGGGAGGUGCUCAAUAGAUGCACAUACACACACUAUAUACAUGUACACAUAUAUCUGUAUAUACACACAUAUACAUUUAUGUGUAUAGUCACACACAUAAACGUGAAAUAUACACUCUUUGCUGUUUUCUAGACAAUUAUUUUCAGCUGAAUGCUGAAAGAUUUUGAUGGGAAAGCAUUUAAAAUGAACUAUUGUCAGACAGCUAAUUUGAUUACAUCAAAGGAGUUUAAAUAUUUGACACUUUAUUCUUAUUUAUAACUUUAAUAUUUAACUACUAGUAAAAUCAUAAAAUUUGGAUAUCUUAAAAAUAAAUGAACCCGAUGGGUUCCUGAUCAUGUGUAUCGGACUAUAUAGUUUACCUAAGUUGUGAAUAAAUGGACAUUUUCCAAAAGGAAUGACAUCAAGUAGCUUAAUAGAGUAAAAAGCUACUCACAAUAAUGUUAAUGUUAUCCACGCCUAUGAAACCAAAGGCCUUUUCCUGUCCCUGUGAUAGGCCCCCACCCUGCAAGGUGUUCGUUUCUUCUGGCACUUCCUGUGAAAUCGGAAUAGUCGAUGCCCGGUUCUCAGAACUCAGCCGGCAUCACAGCUCUCCCUCUGCCCAGCUCUACCAAAAAAGGAAAGGUUGGUGGAGAGGAAGGAGGCAAGGAACUCUAAAAAAAACAAGGAAUUAAUAUAAAUAUCUUUAUUGAUUUUCACUCCCCCAGUUUACCCCUUUGCCAGAUUCUCAAGCUACUACAUUUUCAAAAUUCAGAGUAAGAUAUAAAUGAUGUUUUUUUUGUUUAGUGUUGAUCUUUCACUCUUAGAUAACAUCUGUUAUAUAGACUGUAAAACCUCAGUUGAUGGAAUCCUUAGCUAGAAUUUUCCUGCAGACAGCUUUUGGAUGAGGGAAAGCCUUUAAAAUGACAAUUUUGAUAACUUUGUUGUUAAACGAGCACUUUUUCCUGAAUGCUUUGUCCGUGCGUGGCUGUGUAGGACCCAAAUGGUUUCACUUGCACCUGUUUGCCAGGCUGGUGCCCUCGGAGCCUCCUGAGGGCCCUGUCAGUAUCACAGAGGAACCAGCUUCUCCUAACAUAUGGGGUUCCAAAGACAGUGGGAGGAGCUCUGCGUGGGGUCUGAUCACAGCUCUGGGGAGUGCAGGGGCGGGGUCUCUGUGCCCUGACCACACAGCUGGGUGAGUAGCCCAGGCCUGCUCCUGAUUACCAGCUGUAAUUGCCACCUUUCUGCCCCACAUGCAGAUAAUUUGGGAGGGAUGGAGCCGAGUCCAGCCAACACCCAGCCACUUUCAGUCUCAUUUUCCUGAGGAAGAACUCACAGUGAUGGCUGCUGGGAUUCUCACUGCUGUGGACCACCCUGUCUGCAUCAGCUGUCCCACUGCAAAAUGACUCCUUUCGCCUCUCCCCAUCUUAGCCCCCAUCGUGAGUCAUCUAGUCAAGUUUUAGGAAGAAAACAAUUUAAAGAAACUCCUUUUACAGUUUGCAUUUUACAAAAGGAAACUUGCUAAUCUAAACGGGUUAGAUAAUUUGAGUACCGUGAUAUGUAUUGCUGUGGCUGAGAAGAGGGGAUCCCUGAAUGUCUAGACAUGUGCUGUCCGAUGUCAUAGGCACUAGCCACGUGUGGCUGUUUAAAUCUACAUUAACGAGACAUUUAGUGUCUCAACUGUACGAGCCACAUUUCAAAGGCUCAGUAACCAUAGUGGACAGUACUGAUUGUUGACCAUCCGUUUCCAUUGUUGCAAAAACGCUGGAUAGUAGUGGUCUAGAGCAGGGGUCGGCAAACUUUUGAGACGGAAGAGCCACCACCGUAAGUCAGCAAACUGCGGCUCACAAGC